UAAAGCCGAAAGAUAGUUCCUCGGGAUACACAUUUCUAGAAUACACCCUUCGAAGUUGGAAUAAGGGACACUCGACAUUUGAAUCUGAAUCAUCAUUCGAAUUUACCAUGUGGAAGUUAAUACCGCUGUGUACCCUCGUGGGUCUGGCGACCGCUUACAACAUGUCUUUCAACAAAUACGUGGUGCUCGAGCUUUUACCGUUGCAGCAGGAACAGUUGGAAUACCUGCACAGUAUCAAAAGCGACGGAAUCAACUUCUCCUUCUGGAAACCGCCGAGCAGCAUAGAUAAUACUGCCCACCUUAUGGUAGCCCCAGAUUUAUUGGACUAUAUUCUAAAUAAGCUGCACAAAUACGGCAUACCUUACAAAACCUACAUCGACAACGUGCAGGAGCUAAUCGACAGGUCGACACCCAAGAACCUAUCGCAUUCCUUCGACUUCACCGGCUAUCACACCCUUGCGGCGAUCUAUGAGAAUCUGCACGAUUUGGUCGAGCAGUAUCCCGACAAUGUGCAGACCAUCAUAGGCGGCCAGACACACGAGGGUUGGCGAAUCAAAGGCGUGAAAGUAUCCUACAAGCCGAACAACCCCGGCGUGUUCAUUGAGGGUGGUAUUCACGGCAGAGAGUGGAUCUCGCCGGCCGCUGUCAUGUACUUGCUGCACCAAUUGCUGAACAGCACAAACGCGGAUGUCAGGAACAUGGCUGAGAACUAUGACUGGUACAUCUUCCCCUCGUUCAACCCGGACGGAUAUGUGUACACACAGACCACGAAUCGAAUGUGGAAAAAGAAUCGUCAUGAGCAUAAGUUAUAUGGUAGUUGCUUUAGCACCGACCUAAACAGGAACUGGGGUUACAAGUGGACCGGUAGUGAGAAAAACCUAUGUACCGAAUCAUACAGUGGAGAAAAUGCGUUUUCCGAAUUGGAGACGAGUACCAUGUCCGAUUACAUCAAACAUAUCAAAGACAAAUUCUUCGCAUACUUCUCGUUCACCACCUAUUCACGGUUUCUGCUAUUACCUUAUGGCUACACUCAUAAUCAUAUGAAUUUAGAAAGUGAUCAGUAUGACAUCAUCUUUGACGCAAUCAAAGUCCUCAUACACAAACACAACACUUUCUAUUGGAUCUCAACUAUUGCCGAUGCGUACAAUAUAACCACUGGAAGUACUUUGGAUUAUAUCAAGGGCACGUAUCAGAAGCCACUUGUCUUAGGCUACCAAAUAGACGAUAGUGGCAAAUAUGGUUUCUUGCAUCCGCCCGAAGAAAUUAUUCCUAUUGGAGAAAAGAUCGUUGAUUUUCUAGUGGCAGUUCUAAGCAAGACGAAGGAACUUGGUAUUCACAGACAAUAAAACUCUCGAUCAGUAACUAAUAUCACUGAUAUAUGUAGCACGUCGUACGAAAGAAUGGCACACCUCGAAAAUGUAUAGUUUCGAGCUAAUAUGAACUUGGCGGACUUCCUUGUUGACUGACGCGAUAAUGACCGAUCGCUUUUUAUCAAAUGUUGUAAGAAUUCAGUAAAUCACUAUUAGUUAAGACAAAAAUUAAAAUCUUUAUUGUGACAAAACAAUCAUGUUUAUAAUUUAGAAAAAGUGGGAGAAGAAAAAAAGUUCUAGACAACAAUCAUCAAUGGAAAAACCAUUAAAUAAUAUUGGUAAUAAAAUUACACCCAAUAGAUGAGCAUUAGGCGAAACAUUAGACGAAUAUUUUAGAAAUGUUUCU